UUCGCGGUAGGGCUGGGCCUAGUAGUGACUCGUGCACGUUUUCUUCAUUUCAAGAUGGCGGAACACGAUUUGACUUCUCGAAUGGGCUGCUUUUUAGACCGGCAUCUGGUCUUUCCGCUGCUAGAAUUCCUCUCUGUCAAAGAAAUUUACGAUGAACAUGAAUUGCUAAAAGGAAAACUUGAACUCUUGAGUAACACAAACAUGGUGGAUUUUGCCAUGGAUGUUCACAGGAACCUCUACCCAGACGAAGAAGUCCCUACAAGCCUUAAAGAAAAACGUGUUGAAGUUGUAUCUGAACUUAAAGAACUACAGGCUCAAACAGAACCCAUCAUGAACUGCUUUACUGAUCCCGAGUUUACCAUACAAAUGCAGUCAACAAGGGAUGGAAGACAGUUAUUUGAAUAUUUAGAAAAGAAUCACGAUAUCAAACCAGAGAUGAUGGAUAUCCUGUACAAGUAUGCCAAGUUCCAAUAUGAAUGUGGCAAUUAUGCAGGCGCUGCUGAGUAUCUUUAUUUCUACAGAGUCUUGGCUCCUGGUGGAGACCGAAAUUCUCUUAAUGCUUUAUGGGGGAAGCUGGCAUCAGAAAUCCUUAUGCAGAACUGGGAAACAGCCUUGGAAGAUUUAAACAGACUCAAAGAAGUAAUAGAAGGCAAUACCUCUGCUGGUACUCUUCAGUUACUACAAGAAAGAACAUGGCUUAUACACUGGAGUCUUUUUGUCUACUUCAACCAUCCUAAAGGACGUGAUCUCAUCAUUGAUUUGUUUCUCUACCAACCAGCUUAUCUAAAUGCUAUCCAGACUAUGUGUCCUCACAUUCUGAGAUACUUGACCACUGCUGUUAUCACAAGCAAGAGAAGAAGAACUGUUCUCAAGGAUCUUGUUAAAGUCAUCCAACAGGAAUCCUACACCUACAGGGAUCCCAUCACUGAGUUUCUGGAAUGUCUUUAUGUCAACUUUGACUUUGAUGGGGCACAGACUAAGCUAAGAGAAUGUGAAACGGUCCUAGUCAAUGACUUCUUCCUUGUGGCAUGUCUGGAUGACUUCAUUGAAAAUGCCAGACUUUUUAUCUUUGAAACCUUCUGCCGAAUCCACCAGUGUAUUAGUAUCAGUAUGUUAGCUGAAAAACUGAACAUGUCACCUGAAGAAGCUGAAAGAUGGAUUGUAAAUCUAAUUCGAAAUGCUAAACUAGAUGCCAAAAUUGAUUCAAAAUUGGGCCACGUAGUCAUGGGAGUACAAGCACCGUCAGUCUAUCAACAGAUCAUAGAAAAGACCAAAGGACUGAAUUUUAAGAGCCAAAUGCUGGCAGGAAACAUUGAUAAGAAGCUUUCAACGGAAAAGGGUGGAUAUGAUGCAUAUGCUGGUUCGUGGAAUAUGUCGUACGAAUCGCAGCACUAGCUACUCUGCUAACGAAAUCUUCUAAAUAUCCUACAAAUAACCUCCAAUCUUCACAGUAACCUAGAUAAGCAUCAAGUAACAGGAUCUCUAGAUAUAGAGAUAAAAGGAAAACUCAUGCCCCCUCUUACUUCCAUGAAUAGAUGGACAAAUAUCUAGCACUAAGACCAGUAACUUCUUGCAAAUCUUACACGCAUAAUAUUAUUUAAAACGAUCAAACAAGUUUAAGACGAAAAGGGCGUUGGCUUCCAGAGCAAGAGAAUAAUUAAUCGAUUCACAACCAAUCAAUGGGAGGUAGUGCCCCCCUCUCAAUCCCUGCGAAGGAAUACCUUAAAAUAAGUGAUAGCAUGUCUAGAGAGGUGAGGCAGUAAGCCGUGUGGGAUGGGCUCGGAAAUCAUAUAAGAAUAUGCGUAUUUUCUUAGCGCAUUUUCUUAUAUGAUAGCAUGUCUGGAAAAUUAAAAAUUACUUAAACCUUCUUUUAGGGAAGAACUGUCACCCGAAACUUUUAAAUCUACUACUGGAAUCGUUUUGCGCUCCUCUUUGGCUUUACUGAAAGGAGGCUGGUGAUUGUGCCAACCAUCUUUCACAAGUUUGAAGCGCCAUCACUAAAUGCAAUCGACUAACAGUCAUUCGCGUCUUAUUAGUUGAAUUUAGCAAAAAAAAAUCCUCUUUAUUUUUUUUGUUAUUUCUUUGUUGACUAAUAUGCCGGUAAAAACUGUUUUUAUUGCAUUUUCUUGAUUGGUUGCAAACCACGUAUUAAUAGUUUUAAAAAGCUCCAGUUUCACUAAAACAAAGGUUUGUGAAGGUCUUUCUUUGUUGUCCACUAAUCUUCUGGAUGCUGCAAAUGUUUCUUGACGAUUUUACCUGUGAUUACAUAUCUUAAUGAUCGCUUUAUCUUCUUAAAGCUGUUUAUUGUAAAAGAUUGAAGGGUCGUGUCUCUCGGAGAUUAUCCAUAAAGUAUAGAAACAAAUAAAUAAUCUGAUUGCAAA